AUGCUAGAACUGGGGAGCAUUCAUUUAACCACAACUGGAGAUUAUUGGGUUGAUUCAGUCUCCAAUCCCAAGUUUGGUCAGACUAUUGAAGUUGCACGUAAUGGGAUGGUUUAUGAUAGAUCUGGUAAAGACAAACACAAGCACAUAUCUGAUCUGGAAAACUGCCUCUCCUCCAUGAAGAUUACAGAUUUCAGGGGCUAUGAGUUCUACAGCCUUAAGGAUAAGACCUGGAAUGAAGUCAUGGAAAAACAUCAAAAUCUUCCUACUGACCAAUUAGACUGGAGAAAGCAGCAAGAGGCCAUGUGGGAACUUUUCACCAGUGAAUGCACUUAUUUCUUGGAUCAUUUAUUAGUUCUUAAGAUGAUCUUUAUGAAUACACUAAAAUAUCUACAGACUCAUGAAUAUCUCCUGGAUGUAGAUUUAUGGAGACUUUUUGCAAACCUGGAGGAGUUAACUCAGACAAGCCUCGGUUUCAGCAACAGUCUUUUUGGCAUCAUCAAGGGUUAUGUAGAUGCUCCUGAGACUUCGCCAUCAAUGGAUUUUAUUUCCAUGCUCACAAAGUAUUUCCGAGGGAGCCUCUGUCAGAGCCACCAGACCUACUGCCUGAAUUAUUCAGCUGCUGUCUUCUAUCUCGAGAGCCUGAGGCAGAGAGAUGACUUUGGAAUUUAUUUAAAAUGGUUUGAGCAAAAUGAACGGUGCAGACGGCUUCACCUGCCUGAGCUACUAGUGGCCCCACUGCACAGGCUGACUCGAUAUCCCUUGUUGCUGAAGAACAUCUGGAAAAGGAGUACAGACUCUACUGAGAAAAUCAUGAUCUACUCCAUCAAGGAAAAGGUGGAAAAGUCAAUCCGGGAUCUUGAAGGAAGAGUGAAGUGGCUUGACAAUUUCCAAAAAUUUAGACAUCUACAGGAGAUUAUAGUGUGGCCUCCACUUUGGGAUAGAGAUAAAAGAUUUUUCAUUCCAGAGUGCUUGAAACACAUUUUUAAAGAACACAUGGCAGAAAACAUCUUGUCACCAACCAACAGACAUCUUCUUUACGAAGGAAAAUUAACCCUUGCAGAAAGCACAAGAUUCUUAGAUGUUUAUCUGUUUCUCUUUGAUGAUUUCCUCUUAAUUACAAAAGCUAAGCGCAACAAAAAGAAACUUGGAGGCUCAGACAUGGGUCUGAUGUGUCCUUCACUUACUUCUGAGCUGCAAACAGUAAUAAAAGAGGGUGGCUCGUGUACAGUACUCGAUCAGCCCAUUCCACUAGACCGAUUGGUAGUCAAAAGUAUUGAUCCACUCCACGUGUCAGUCUUUGGGCUGAGAAAUGCUUUUCUUAUACAACAUGAAAACAGAUACCGACAGUGUAUAGCAGCAUUUUUAUUACAAGCCCAGACGGAAAACAUCAAAAAAACAUGGAUGGCACAAAUAACAUCAGCAAUCUCUUGCUUUACCAAGAGUCAGGAAAGUAAGAAAAUAUCUUUAUUCACACUUCCUGCAGAAUCCUCUGAAAUUUAG